GUUGAAAUAAAAGUAGUACGGGUGGCGCUUGUACUUUUGCCAGGCGGAAGUGUCGGUUUUGGACUAAGCACGAGUAGCAUCUUCUUGCGUCGUCCUUCGGUCCUUCACGAAAAUAAGUACUUAAAUCCUUCGCCUGCCUACUUCUUUUUACAAAGUGACCUGUGGUUCUUCCGUCUAAACUGCGAGGUUUUUCUACCGUGAAUGAUGGCGAUCUUGCGCCGCAGACGGAGCAGCUCAACCUCUCUGGUUGACAGCUCUGUCAAAGGGCAACAUUAUCGCAAUUGCUCUGAAUCGGAAGUAUUCCAGAGCAAACGGACACCCAGCAACUGCCAGUCACACAUGUCCGAGCACCUCGCGGUUGGUGUACUAUUUCGUAGCGCGCCCAGCACCUCGACUGCCCAGCACAUUCACCGAAACCCCUUUGCCACCCGCCUGAAGGUAGUGCAGCUCCGACCAGGGCUCUUGGCAGCUCCAGCACAGCACCUCCAGGGCUACAGUUGCCUCUCGUCCUCUCUACCGCGGGCAAUUCCAAGAAGCACAUGCUCGUCGUCCUCCUCUAGUAGCAGUACGGGUCUUCAGCACCAGGUGUUUCGGCACGAACCUGAUACAACUAGCAGGGGAAGGACAGGACUAGUACACCGAGGAGCACCAGACCUCCGGCGGGUUUUCUUCACUACAGCUUCAGCAGCACGGCAUGACCAGCAGCACCACAAUUCGCCCGGCAGCACCGACAGCAUGCCCGCUAUGGUGCGUCGGAAGCGACUGGCGUUUUUACUGAAAACGGGUUUCGGCGUGGACAAAGUCGACCGCAGGCUGCUGAAAAAGGCGUACUUCGCGAAGUCAAAAAAGCUGCAUCCGGAUCUGGUACAAUACCACGCAAAAAAUCCUACCAAAAACGGAAGCGAGCAAAGCACGACCGCAGCAUUUGUGGAGAUGAAAAAACAGUACCAGGAAGCGUUGAAGCUGCUCGACGAGGAAGAGAGAUUCCAGAAGCAGAUGCUGAGCUCGGAGAACGAGCAAAGAGCCACGAGGUCGCGUAGAAGUUCUUGGGGAAGAACAAGUGGGACUAGUUCAUUUCAGGACCAGGAUCAUGAUUCAUCGAACACAGCACAGCAGGCCGAGAGGAAAAAUGCUAGUAGUGGUGCCAGAUCCACCAUGUCCGUGGAGGACCUGCUCCGCAGCCAGAACAUUGAGGAGAAGCAGAGACGAGCGUGCGAAGCGGCUAUCGCAGCGGAAUAUGAAUUGCAAAAGUGUCUGGGUCUGGAAGAGUGCCAGGUUUGUCAUGCAUAAUUUGCAUGACGCAUUAUGGCUGUAAUGCAUGGCCUAGCAUCACAGAUUUUGAGAGGGCUUUCUGGUGCGUAUUCCGCAUGAGAAAUGCCCUCUCCGAGUAGCACAAACUGGACUCCUUUUGCCGGUCAGGCAAUACAGACUUUUGUGGAAUCUAAAGACAGCAUGACAAGUUGCAAUCUUCCAGACCCAGACAUUUUUGCAUUUGAUACGGAAGACGCGGAGGCGAAGUCGGAGAUGCGCGGGGUGCUGGUCUCCCUCGCGGGCUGCUUAUCACAAGAAAAAAGUGUUACAGUUACACAUUGUCAUGCAAAACUGGCAACUGAGACAACCUUCCUCAUGCAGGAAAUGCUUCGGAGCCUCGUUUCCUUGCUGUUUUCCCUUAUGAUUUUCGCAUUACAAGUUUUCUCUGCCACACAGAGAAAAUUUGUGAUGCAGAAACUCCAACAAAUGUGUAACUGUAACACUUCUUUCUCGUGAUACUGCUUCUUCGUUUUGUACUACGCAUGGAGCUAUCCUGUGCAAAAGUAUCGUACUCGUAUAAUUGCAGUUAUGCAUUACAAAUCAUCUUGCUAAGGCAAAUCAGCAUUACAAAUUUUGUUUUUCAUGCUGAGGAAAUUUGUAAUGCAUUUAUACGAGUGCGAUACUUUCUUGCAAUGCAUAGGAGCGUUUUGGACAACACGCGGGCCAGCGAGCAUAGGAAACACGAACUCAGCGUGUACGAAGUUGUGAAUGGUGGCGGUGGGAAUGGGAUGAUGUUGUCCUCGUCGCGCACGCCUGUAGUUCUUUCUGCGUACAACCCACGGAGCGAGCUGGUUUCGCGACAAGUGGAUGACCACGCAGCUGCAGAAAUAAAGCGCCAGAUGAGGAGUGGUUCCUCUUCUUCUUCUUCUUGUUUUGUUGGAACGAAGCGAGCGCCCGAGGAAAUGCACGAGCGUCAUUUACUUCGCCGCGAACCAAAUGACGAUUUCGCAGACCAGUACAACCUCGUGGAAAUUCGACGAAGUUACCGAAAGUGGAAAAUCAAAAUGACGAAAAACGAAGAGUCUCGUUCUGAUUCGUCUUCCGAAUCCUUCACGACGUCGGGUGGGCAGAUGAAAGAUGAAGCUCAAGUUCUCGUCCCAGAACAAUCAGAGACGAACUCCUCAUUUCUCGUCACCAGCCGGCACAACACAGCACCUGCGGAAGAUGAAGCAGGAGCCUUCACGACUGCGCGCAGAAUAGACUUUUCGGCUGCAUCGUGCUGUGAGACGGUAGAAGUUGUUGGAGAUCUUCACAGGAGCUCCACCUCAGAGGAGCUGAUAAAUCAGAUCAAGGACCACGUCGACGCCGAAACAGGCGCAACAAAUGGAACUACUGCCUCAAAAGCCCUUCUGUCCCCGAGCAUCCCGGGCUACAACUUUAUCCAGAUGAUCAACAAUUUCGGCACCACCGUCGAUCUCGCCGCGAUUAAAGCACGCAUCGGGUUGCGGAGGCAAAAAGAGGAAGAGGAGAAGCAGAAGCGGAAACAGCGGCAGGAAGCGAAGGAUGCCGAGGUUUUACACAGCUUCGCGGUUACCUCAGGCAACUUGUACACGCUGCUGCAUAGUCAUGAAUCACAACUGGCACCCACCUCCUCUACUUCGACGUCGCUUCUGUCGGGGAACAGUAAAAAUAGAGGCAGUGGCCCUCGUACAACUACGGCAGCUGGUGCUGGGUCUUGUUCCUUGCUCUCCGACGCGAAGGUUUUGCACGCACGAACAAUGCGAGAACAGCGGGAAAUGGCAGAGAUGCGAAGAUGA